AUGCCUUUCCUAGCACAAGAGCACUUCCCAGUACCAACAAAGGACAUACCAUCCUGGACUUUCGACAACAUCAAAUACGACCAAGACGAACCGAUCUACAUUGACGCCCUCAACCCCAAAAAGAAUUCUGUUUCGGCUCGACAAGCCAAGCAAUAUGUUCAUCGCCUUGUGGCCGGUCUCCAUGCUCAAGGACUCCAGAAAGGCGACUGCGUAUGCAUGCACAGUCCCAACCAUAUCUUGUACCCUCUCGUAUUCAUGGGCGUCGUAGCUGCCGGCGGCGUCUUCGCAGCUACAAAUCCGGCGUAUACACCCUAUGAAAUGGUACAUGCACUCAAAAUCGCGAAAGUGAAGUUUGUUAUUGCGCAGCUGGAUCUUGUCAAGUCUUUAGAGAAGGCGAUGCAGGAUGUGGGUAUGUCGAAAGACAAGGUUGUCGUGUUCAACCCUGAUGGUGAAGCUGCACCGGAUGGGUACAAGGUCUGGUCUGAUCUUAUAUCUCAUGGCGAGAAAGACUGGAAUCGCUUCGAUGACCUACAGACGGCGAAACAUACGGAAGCAGCUCGACUAUUCAGCUCAGGUACCACUGGUCUACCCAAAGCUGCCUCGCUAUCCCAUUACAAUCUCGUUGCGCAACAUACUUUGGUCUACGAGUCUAUCGACCGGCCGUGGCGAGCGAAGCGUCUAAUAGCUUUGCCCAUGUUUCACGCAGCUUCCGCGCCCGUAGCUUUCACGACUCCUCUGCGUGCCGGCGAACCAGCGUAUGUGCUCGCACGAUUCGAUCUGGAGAAGUGGUUCUGGGCUAUGCAGGAAUAUGGCAUCACGGAUGUGGCGCUCGUGCCGCCUGUAGCAAUCAUGGCCAUCAAUUCUCCGCUGAGGGAGAAGUAUACCCUGAAGUCUGCGAGGACUGGAGGCGUGGGUGCGGCGCCAUUGGAUGCUAAGGCGCAGGCCAGAUUUCAGGCAUUAAUGGCUGGAGGCGACGCUUCCUUGACGCAGGUAUGGGGCAUGACUGAGACGAGCUGUAUUUGUACUCGCUUUCCAUACCCUGACAAGGAUAUAACUGGCAGUGUUGGGCGACCAUUGCCUAACAUUGAUCUUAAGCUGGUCGAUGACAGCGGCAAAGACAUCUCUGGCUACGAUAUUCGUGGCGAGAUAUGUGCGAGAGGACCAACGAUCAUAAAUGGCUACUUCGAAAAUCCCGAGGCCAACAAACGAGACUGGGAUGACGAAGGCUUCUUUCACACUGGCGAUAUCGCGUACUGCGAUGGCAAGACGAAGCUGUGGUAUAUUGUAGACCGAAAGAAGGAGCUCAUCAAGGUGCGUGGCUUUCAAGUCACGCCACCAGAACUCGAAGGCCUGCUGCUAGAUCAUUCCGGCAUCGUGGACGCGGCGGUGAUAGGUGUUCCUGCUCCCCAGGAGAAGGAUGGAGAGCUACCUCGGGCAUAUCUCGUGCGUAGACCUGGAGGUGAUGGGAAGCUCACUGAGCAGGAGGUGCAUGCAUACAUGCAGGAGAAAUUAGCCAGCUAUAAGCAGUUGACGGGUGGCAUCGUGUUCUCCGACGCAAUACCGAAGAAUGCGAGUGGGAAGAUACUAAAGAGAGUGCUGAGAGAGCAGGCGAAGAAGGAAAUGGGUGCUAAGUUGUGA